GGUGUGUGCCAGCCAGAUGGGUCUGGUGAGAAGGCGUUCGAGGGGCCAGAGCGACUGAUGGUGGGGUCUGGAGAGUUUCAGUUCAUUAACUGUACUGCCGGUUGUACGGACCCCAAGAGACUUGUUCUGGAGACGGCCCUAAACAAGACUCUCCUGGAGAACCAGGCUCAGUGGAAGCUGUUCAAGGUCUACAACGUCUCCAAGGAUGAGGAACUCCUGUGCAGUUCCACCUGCGGUGGCAAGCAGGAGACGAAAGUUUUCCACAUCACCGUGUUCUACCCUCCAAAGCAAGUGCUGCUGACGCUGUCGCCCACCUCAGUGGCCGUAGGGAUGCUGUUCACCAUCGAGUGCAGGGUCCCCGCUGUGGCCCCCCUCGAAGGUCUCACUGUCACCCUGCUCCGUGGUACUGACAUCUUGUGCAAUCAGACCUUUGUGGGGACAGCACUUUCCCCCCAAGAUGCCGUGGUCACCCAUAACAGCACAGCUCACAGGGAAGACGGCCUCUAUAACUCCUCGUGCGAGGCCCAGAUGGACAUGCACUCUUGGAGCGGUGGCCUCGUCCACAGGGUCUCAGAUCCCCAGAGGCUUGAAGUCAAAGAGCCCGUGCCCAACAAACAGAUGCUGAUCAUCAUCAUGAUCAUGAGAGUGCUGCUGCUCCUGUUUGUGACAUUCGUCCUCCUGUGCUUUGUCUUCGCCCAGAGGUGGCGUCAUCACUGGUCCCAUCCCUUCAUGGAAAAUAGAUGGGGAAAACAAUGGAAACAGUGACUGACUUUAUUUUGGGGGGCUCCAAAAUCACUGCAGAUGGUGAUUGCAGCCAUGGUAUUAAAAGACG